AUUAGAGAGAGAGAGAGAAGAGAGAGGAAGAGAGGCAAAUUGGCUAAGUUAGGAAGGAGAGGGAAGAGACCAGAGUGUCAGAGAAAGAGAGAGAGGCUGAGGUAGGAAGUAGGAGAGAAAAAGAAGGGGUAAAAACAACAAGAGAUUGACAGAGAGAACAGCGGAGAAGAAAAGAGUGAAGAGGUCAGCGUUAGAAAGACAGCGGGAGACUGGCUUAGCUGGAGAAAAGGAAAGAGAGCAACGGGGAAGGGAGAAAAGGAGUGAGAGAGCAGCGGAGAAGGGAGAAAGGAGUGAGAGAGCAGCGAGAGAAGCUGGCUAACGUGAAAGAAAACAAUAGGUGACGGUUUACAAAACAUGCAAGAUAUUUGGGUGUCUUCGAUGUUCAAGAGUCUCGGUCUACAGAGUAAAUUGGAACACGUCGGACUUGUUGGCUGGUCUGAGGCAGAUCACCAGAACUUGAUCCCUGAAGAUGGACAGAGUGACACAGCCAGCAACGAGGAGGACACACCUCAGAUUCCAGUUGAACCAACAACUACAUACAGUCCCAUUGACUGUUCCAUCUCGCUCAAUAAUAAUGAUGAUGAUGAUGGUGAUGGCAGCAAGAUGGAAAGUGGUGCAACAACAUCUGCUGAUGCCUGCUUCAACAUGGACUCCUUCUUUCCAGCCCCUCCCUUGCAGGACCUAUACCGCUACCAUAUUUUCUUUUCACACAGCCCCAAUGAUAUUGCAUGGAUCGAGAGCAUUGUGAAGAAGCUGGAGGAAUGUCCAUACAACUAUAAAUGUUACUACACCAAACCAAGCCCCACUGAGGCUACCCAAAGCAAUCAAGAAAAUCCCAGAAUUUCUAGUGGCCUUGGCGAUCCCAGCAUUCCUAGUAAUAUGAGUAGUCCCAUCAUUCCUAGAAGUCAUGGCAAAUGUAGCAUUCUCAACAACGACUAUGGCAAUCCCAGCAUUCCAAGUGGUCAUAGAAAUCCCAGCAUUCAUAGCCAUAACAAUUACAGCAAUCCCAGCAUUCCUAGCAUUCUUAUCAGCCAGAGCAGUCCUAGCCACGGCAAUAGCAUCAAGAACAAGAAUAAUAACAGCAACUGCAGCAGCAGAAGCAGCAGUACCAGAAGCAUCAUCAUCAACAACAGCAUCAAUAACAACAACAACAAAAGCAAUCCUAACAACACCAUCAACAGUAGCAACUGCAGUGUUGGUGAUGGUAGUGAUGACGACGACGAUGAUGGUGCUGAUGAGAGUGAAGAUGGUCUCAACGUAAAGCAGUGCAUCCAUACAGGCAGCAAGAACAAGGGCAAGACCACCUCCAAAACAAGGACCAGCAAUGGCACAAUCCAGUCAACACUAUGGGCUGCCAUGCUCAGUGAGCGUGUUGUGAUUGCGCUCAGCCGAAGCUAUGUCCUGUCGACAUGGUUUGACUUCCAGGAGAUCUUGCAGAACCUUACAGAAUCCAGCCUCUACCAGCAGCGUUUGAUUGUAAUAAUGCUGGAGGACUGUGAUGUGCCAGAACCACUUCAAACUGUUGGAUAUCUCGAUGUACGUCAGAAGCAGUUUUACUCAACAUUGACACGACUGUUACGUAGCAAUUGUCUUCCAAGAAGCAGUGAGUCCAUAAGCAGUGACCUGUCAUCAGUUCUUUCAACAAGAGCAAAUUUGUCAAAUGGUCAGUUGAUAGCAACAAUCACUGGCCGAAUUAAUGGCCAGUGGAAGGCAACUCUAGUCUUUGACUAUGAUGGAACUGUUCCGACACCUCUCAGCUGUCAUGGAAUUAAUGUGAGCCACAACGAAUUCACAAACAUUAUGAAAAAUAUUGUGAAUGAUGCUGAGAUAAUGAACAGUCUUGGAUGGCAGUUUACCAUGAAACCAGUUGUCAUAAUCUUCAUCCUCUCCAUCAUAUGGAUUGUCUCUUUCCUUCUUGUCAUCUUCCUUCUCAUUGAUGCUCCAAAGUCAAGUGCCUUACCAAUACGCCUUGCUGUUUUCUUGUUCCCCCUUCUGUUGCUGAUGGCUGGAUAUGCCUUACGGAGAAUGCAGAAGCAGAAUUGUGCAACGAUUGCUUUAGGGAUGUUGAACAGAUGUGUUCAUGUCAACCAGAUGCUUUACCAACUAGACAGACCAGUAUUGGUCACUGCUCUACAACAUGAAGGACACAGAUUUCUUAUCAAUUUUAUAUACUUUGAUAUUUCAGAAUGUGUGUUAAAUGUCAACUUCUGCCUGAGUGAGUUCACUGACAGUCUUACAGAGAAGUUGCUGGCCCUAAUCCAGUUUUACACUAUGGACCCACUUUACCUGUCACAUAAUUCCUUAGCUGAAAAGCUUGUUGUCAUGCUUGGUGCACCUUAUUCUCAGCAGUUGCUCCACCGGUUACUCUUGAAGCCCAGUCAAGAAUACCACAUCAGGGGACACAUGUGCCUGUGUCAGUAUGCUGAAGAGUUCCUCCUGCAUUAUUUUGGAUCCAUAGAAAACUCCGAAAGUAUGGCUGUUCUUGAUAGCGUCUUUUCCAAGUAUCUCAACUGUUCAAUACGAAAGAAGAGUUUAAACACAGUAAAGGAGAUGUUGAAACUGACCGAUGAUGACCACCCCUGUGAACAACAACAGCAACAGCAACAACAUGAACAGCAGCAACCAGUCAUCUGAUGAGGGAUCCACUAAGGCAACACUCAAACUGCUGAAAAAAAUGGAAAAUAGCAAAUAAAUCCCCUUAAAGUCUCAUAUACACCCAAAAUUAAAAAGUUCAAAGGUUACAUUGGAUGAUAUAGUCCCAGAUAGACUAUGACUAAAUAAAAGAGAUGGGCAUGGCUGGAAC